AUGCGUGUUGGGCUGCCGGAAGUUGGCGCUGCUGGGCUGUAUGUCCUCCAUGGCUUGGACCUGGGAAAAGUUCCGAAAGCUUCCACGUUCACUCAUCUCCUAGGCUUUUCCGGCGAGUUGCUAUAUCUGCCCACGAAAUUCCCGAGCCUGUUCAAGAGUCAAGAGGAGCAGGAAGCAUAUUGCUCUGCUGUAAAAAUACCCUUUUCAAUUCCCAGGCCCCGUGGGUGCGGGGGACACCUCAAAGGUACUAUACCCUUCUGGUUUCUGAUGAUGGGGAUCAAAAUUUGUUUGACUGCCUGGAGGGCCUUAGUUCAAACCUGGAUGAAGGCGAGGAACUGGUGUAACUCAAGAAGCUUGGGGUUGAACAAGCCUGUCCGAUCUCAUCUCCCUCGGCCUACGCAGCGCCUCCAGUAUGAUCACUGGGGCCAAGGAGGGAAUUUAGGUUUGGCUACGGUGCCAAAUUUUUUGCUUGUGUGA